AUGUUUGAGGUAGGGGAUCAUGUUUUUCUCAAAGUUCAACCUCGUCGAGGUGCUACACGAUUUGGGAAGAAAGGAAAACUUGCACCUCGUUAUGUGGGACCCUUUGAAAUUCUAAGCAAGGGAGAUAUUGAUCUCAAUGAAGAUGCUAGUUUUGAGCAAAGGCCUAUAAAGAUUAUAGAUCGACGAGAAAAGAACUUGAGAGGCAAAGUCAUCCACUUGGUGCAAGUGUUGUGGCAGCAUCGAGGAGUGGAGGAGUCUACUUGGGAAGUAAAGGAUGCAAUACGAGCCAACUACCCUCAGUUGUUUGAAGAUAAAGUUGUGGAAACUAAAUGA